CUCCCCUUCCUAUUAGGAUCGAUGGACCUAUAAAUACGGUUCUCUCUCCCUCCUCUCGAACUCGUCUUCAACAAAGAGGAAAACCCUAGCUUAUGUCUCAGCGAGCAAGCGUCCCACACUCCGCCUCUAUAGCCUUCGCUCGCCAUUCCCAUCUCCUGGUCUCCAGUGAGAUGAACCCUAACUCCAACUGGUAGCGGCAAAGAAGUUUCAUUGCUUUGAUCUAAGAUUUCUCUCGAUCCUCUUCGAGAGUUCGAGAUCUCCGGUCCCUUUCUUUUGAUCACAGCAAGAAGAAUAUUUUUAUAAGAAAAAAAAAGUGAGAUGGGUUUGAAGGGUUUCGUCGAGGGGGGCAUCGCCUCGAUCGUGGCGGGGUGCUCGACCCACCCGCUCGAUCUCAUCAAGGUGCGGAUGCAGCUCCAGGGGGAGACGCUCUCCCCGGCCGUGACCGCCGCGCAACUCCGCCCCGCCCUCGCCUUCCCGAGCGGCGGCGCCGUGGCGCUCCCCCACCACCACCACCACCACCACCUCCUCCCGCCGCCGCCGCGGAAGCCGGGGCCGAUCGCGGUGGGGGCGCAGAUCCUACGGUCGGAGGGCCCCGCCGCCCUCUUCUCCGGGGUCUCGGCCACGGUGCUCCGCCAGACGCUGUACUCGACGACCCGGAUGGGGCUCUACGACGUGCUGAAGAAGAAGUGGUCCCCCGGGGGCGACGGCGCCGCGCUCCCGCUCCACCGCAAGAUCGCGGCUGGGCUGGUGGCGGGCGCCGUGGGCGCGGCGGUGGGCAACCCCGCGGACGUGGCCAUGGUCCGGAUGCAGGCCGACGGGCGCCUCCCCGCCGCGGAGCGCCGCAACUACCGCGGCGUCGGCGACGCGAUCGCGCGCAUGGCGCGCUCCGAGGGCGUGGCGAGCCUGUGGCGCGGGUCGGCGCUGACGGUGAACCGCGCGAUGAUCGUGACCGCGUCGCAGCUCGCGACCUACGACCAGGCCAAGGAGGCGAUCCUCGCGCGCCGCGGCCCCGGCGCCGACGGGCUGGGGACGCACGUGGCGGCGAGCUUCGCGGCGGGGCUGGUUGCGGCGGCGGCGUCGAACCCGGUGGACGUGGUGAAGACGCGGGUGAUGAACAUGCGGGUCGAGAAGGGCGCCGCCCCGCCCUACGCCGGCGCCCUCGACUGCGCCCUCAAGACCGUGCGCGCCGAGGGCGUCACCGCCCUCUACAAGGGCUUCAUCCCCACCGUCUCGCGCCAGGGCCCCUUCACUGUCGUCCUCUUCGUCACCCUCGAGCAGGUCCGCAACCUCCUCAAGGACUUCUAAUGGCGAUGAUGAUGAUCCGAUUCGAUCAGAUCGAAUGUUUUCUUCUCAUUCUUCUUUACCCAUGAUGAUGACGACGAUAAAAUAAACUUUUAAUGAAAAAAAUAUAUUUUAUAUA